ACUCAAAACUAAUCACGACAGACAGAGACACCCACAAGUAGGGCAAGAGAGAGAGAAUCCAACUUUCUAGGAGGCCUCCUUCAGGGGAACAACGCAGAUUCUCCCUUUCUAGAAUGGCAUUUUCACCAUGCAACACCGUUUCUCUUUCUUUCUCUUGAGAAUCCUAUUUUCUUCAUUCAGGGUUUCUCAAUUCUUGAGACGAGCAGUUAAGGGAGACGUGGAGUUUCUUGGCUCAGGAGAUAAUACAUAAAAUGGCACCGUCCCCAGAGAAUUCUCCAUCACAAGAUACCCCAAACUCAUCUCCUUCACCUAUCACCUACACCACCCAAAAAUUCAUCACAGUCACCACCAUCAAAUUCUAAUUCAUCCUCUCCAACACCACCUAAUUCUAAUUCAUCAUCUCCACCACCGGAUAAUGAUAAUUCCUCUCCUCCUACAACGUGGUCACCACCCUCACCAGCUUAUCGUUCUCCUUCUCCUCCUCCUAAAAGCAGUGGCAGAGAUGAUUCUUCUCCUGCGCCACCUCCACCCAAGAGCAGCAAGUCAUCUUCCUCAGAAGGUAGCUCUUCCAAAUACAAUGAUGAUACAUCACCUUCACCUACAUCAUCCCAAAGUUAUAGUAGAAAAUCAACAUCUUCAUCAGAUAAGAGUAGCUUGGAUACAAAAGUUAUAAUAGGAGUAGCUGUGGGGGCAGGGUUGUUGUUGGUUGUUCUGGUCCUCUUCCUUACAAGAUGCCUUUAUCAAAAGAAAAAGAAGAAGAAAAUUCAUUACUAUGACUAUAUAGCUCCUGACGCCAAAGGUGCUACACCAUUGUCUCAUUUCAUUCCUGUCAUAAUGCUGCAGUUGUUGAAUUGGCAUUCCUCAUUAGUUAAAUUUGGGGUUUUCAUGUGGUCUUAUGUUUAGGUCAGGCAUCUUCACC